AUGACUCUUCCAGAAGGAUGGGAGGCGGACUACGAUGGAACGCGAUGGUUCUAUCGCUACAAGACCACAGGCCUAAUGCAGUACCAUUUCCCACGGCCAGGGGAUGAGUUUCCGGAGUUGGUAGAUCUCGGUUUCGGGCCGCUCAAAUUUGCACCAGAUACUCAGCACGUUGUCGAGCAACCAAGCACAUAUAACGAUACAAAUAACCAUAGAAGUAUAUCGAACUUGGGUGGCGAUGGAAAAAAGAAGGCGGCGAUAGCUGAGGAAAAGGAUGAAAUGAGCGCAACGGGAUACUUCGAUCCAGACAGUUUCAUGUACUUUGGCCUAAACGAUGUAAGCCCAGUCGGAAACGAGAGUAAUGGCGCCAUCAACGCAGUUUCAGGAACGACGCCACAAGCCGCUCAUAGUGUACCCGUCUUAGCAGAGCUUCAUGAAGAAUCGGUGUGGUCUCCAGUUGGCCACGUUGCUGAGCUGGCUACCUUUGACACGGUCAAAUGCGCAGAAGAGUUAGCUCCUAUCGAAAUGGAUGCGACACAAAUCUCACAAGUGUCGAUACCAAGAAAACCUCAACAGAAUGGCCCGGCCGAGUUGGCAACGAAUGGGAGUCCAGUGAAACGAAAGCAGCCGGCGCAACCUCCUAUUCAAGAGAACACCCAACAUGUAGAAGAAUACCCGCUAGUUUCAGCAUCGUUCGCAUAUCCUCCUUUGAAGACGACGACGACGAUUAGUAAGCCGGCGGAUAAGACCGAACAGAAAGUGCCUGCUUCUGGGCGUCCUGUAGAGAACGGGAAUAGAUACGAGACCUGGAAGCCUACCUCACAGGGAACCACCAGUGAAGAGCAAAAGAGUAUCAAAAGGAAAACGAUAGCAUUGCCGAGCGUGUCGGUUCUUCAGUGCCAGAACACCGAACUUGGCUCGAUGGAGAAGCGACAUUCUCUUUCAGGGCCCAUUCGGUCGAAUGCCGAUCUCCCUAGCAUCCUACGACCACCUUCAGAUCCUGGGCUUCCUCCCAAAGCCUUGACUCCUCCCCCACGGGCUGAAUCUUCCCCUAUUCCAGAUUCCUUGAAACCCGCAGCAGCACCUUCAGGGGCCAACUCACAACAGGCUAAUUCUCAGGGGAGUUACGCACAUGUUAGUCCCUUGCGUUUGCCCGGAUCUGGAGCAAGACAUGAGAGCAUAUCCUUUCAUAUGGGCCCAUCUGUAACAGACUCAAGCACAUCCCAAAUUCCAUCAGUACUCAAGCCUGCAAAUGGCCAACAUAGCUCUCCAUCUUCCGAGACUCAGCAUUCGAUACAAGCGCAGGCAGACAACAUCCGCCCCGGAGCCCAUAGGGUGCACACGCUACCAAGUCACUUGUCAUCCCAAUCACCGACUCUGCCUAAGCUGAGCGGGCCCGGCAUUUAUGUCUUUCAGGAGAUCCCGACAUCGCCCAGUACCGUGCUAGAUAAACCAAAUUCAGCCGGCCAGAAUGCAUCGCCGCAAAAGCCCCAUCAGUCUACGGAGCAAUCUCAACAUAUCAUGUCCGAGCCAUUCCCUGAAAUCGCUCCGUUAUCAAUCUCAAAGCCUCAGCAGCAAACAAACCUAAACAAGCCCUCGACGAAUGUCGAUGCUAUUCCUGCGGGUCUUAACAACACAAGGCCAUCAAAUCCCCAAAAGCCAAGCACGCCAAAUGCUUCGAAUAGCCCUCAAUCUAGACCUUCUCAACCGAUCGGGCAACAAAAGAUCGAGGCCGGUCAGACUCAGGGGCAGACACAGGGACAAUCUGCGCAACCGGCUUCUGUGACAUCUUCUCAGGGGAUGAAUAGUCAGCAGAUAUCAAAUGUAAUUCACCCUACUCCACUCCCAGGACAAAGACCCAGUUCUACCAUACUCCAGCAUAAGCUAAUUCGAAAACCCGUACUACCACAGAGGCCCGAGGAGACUAGCCCUGUUCCCGGCACUCCAAAUAACUCUCAGGGGUUCCAUCCGCCCCAGCACACUCCUCAGAUGUCACCUGGGCAGCAAGCUCAAAUGCAUGGCCAACAUCGACCGUCGUCGAUAUCUGGGUCAUUACAGCACUCAACAAGCGUACACUCUACCGCAGCUGGCACACAUGCACAGGGUCGGCCACCUCAACAUAGUAUCUCACCGGUGUCAUCUCAAGGGCAACAUCAUCGUCCAAAUUCGAUAUCUCAGGUAUCUAUUGGAAGUGCUUCUCCAAGCAGUGCAUCCAGUCAACCCGGAACCCACAACUUCGGUCAGGGGCAGAAUCAUAAUAGACCAAAUAGUAUGAUUUCCGGACAGAAUAGGCCAAACUCUACGUCGGCUCCUAUGGCCUAUUCCGUCUCUCCGCUUCAGAGUCAGGUAUCGUCACCAGCUCCGUCAAUGACUUCGUUCGCUAGGCCGCCGUCCUCGGCAUCUACACAUAGUCAGGUUACCGUACAAGGAGCUACUAAUAAUGCUCAUCAAACUUCACCUCAUAUCACUAGACCGCCAAUGACACAAGCGUCCCAUGCUCAAACGAAUCCCCAGUCCGCCCAGUCCCCCAGUCCUCUCUCGACAGGCAAUUCAACCCCUUUGCCUAUGCUUCCAGGUCAAGUGAAGCCUUUGCCAUCACAAGUAGGAUCGCCUCCUAUUCCAGUGGCAACUCAGUUCCCUUCACUUUUGGCACAAAGUUCACAAGCCCAAAGUCAGGCAGCACCAAUGAAACCCUACCAGCCGCAACCAGGUGGUCAGCAGACACCACAAGCCACGAUGUACAGCCCAGCUCCACAGCAUGUACAAGGCUAUCAGACGAAUGCUUCGGGAAGCCCGAUGAACGGACAGCCAAUGCCACAACAUGGACAGAUGCGGCCACCUAUUCAAACGAACCAGCAAAACAUACCUGUUCAUUCACCUACGAAUUCGGCGAGCCCAGCACCAUAUUUAUACCAAAACAUGGGGCAGCCCAACCAAUCACCCAACGGACAACCAACAACCAACGUCGUACAAGGAGUCACCGUGCAAGUACAGACAUCUCAGGUAUCCCAGUACCCCAACGUCGCGAACGGACAAGGGCAGCAACAACAGCAACUCUUGCAAUCCUCCGGAUUCCAAUACACCUUCCCCAACUCACCAGGCCAAGGCAAGCCCUUCAACUCGACGCAGGCCGCCGCCGCUCUGUCGGACGCAGGCAAGAAGAUGAAGAAGUGGGCCAAGAAGACCUGGCAGAACCCAGCCAUGAAGCAGACAGCUGUUGCUAUAGGCGGCGCGGUUGUGGCCGAAUCCCUAGGCGCAAACGGUGCUACUGGCGCCUCUCUGGCGAACCGGAUUUACAGCACCUCGCAAGCUCAAGCCGGCCCUCAGAAUGCUCAGAAUGCUCAGGCACAACGACCACCAGGCCCGCAACAUGCCUUUACUGCACCGCCGCAGGCACAGAACUUGCAGAACCCAGGUGUCGCGUCUCCAUACGGACAAGCUGUGAACCGGCCGCAGAUGCAGAUGCAGCAGGGCAUGCAGCAAGGCAUGCAACAACCGAUGGGUAUCCAGACUCCUGGUCGGCCGCCUGUGGUGCAGAAUCCAGGAAUGGCAGGGACGCCGGGGUUCAAUAACGCUCCACGACCGCAACCGCAACCAGCCAUGAUGAACCAGAGACCUCCCGCGCAAAAUCCACAGCCUCAAGUCGGACGACCACCAGUACCUCAGAUGCAGCCGGUGCAACAGCCUAACGCUCUAAACCAGCCGAAUUACCAGACACCUCCCCCGGGCCGACCAUAUAUGCAAGGUCCUCCUCCCAACCGUCCGAUGUAUCAACCAGGCUACCAAGGCCCUCCCAACCAACCCCCUUACCAACCUCAAGCUCAAGCUCAGGGAGGUCCAGAUCCCUAUGCGGCGAUAGGAUCCACGAUCGGAGGGGCUAUCAAUGCGUUUACUUCCGGUGGGAAUAACUCAGCGGGCUCUGGUAACAACUCCCAGCAACAACAACAGCAGCAGCAUCACGAGCCCCAGCAUGAGAACAAUUCCGCACAGCAUUACGCGGACCAGUCGGGGCAGAAUCACGCGCAAGAAUCGCAGCAUCACGAGAGUCAGUCCGAGCAACAUCACGGAGGAGGACAAUCUGAGCCGCAGUAUCACUCCGAGCAGCAGCAGCAACAGCACGAACAAUACCCCGGGUCUCACGAGCAAUCCUACAACGGACAAUCGUAUGAAAACCACAACGAGCAGCAAACCGCAACCUACUCCGAGCAGCAGCAGCAGCAGCAGCAGCACAACGAGUACACCUCCGAGAGCCAAGUGACAAACGUAGACAGCUCGGUCUCAGAGUCGUACUACGCGCCGCAGUCCGAAACCACGAUCAUCAACAACAACAAUGACACGAUAAUCAACAACAGCAGCAACGUGGAGAACACAGCGGUAGCCGAGACCACACAGACGAAUAACAACUACACGGACAACAGGCAGACGAACUAUACAGACAACUCGCAAACCUUCGACACAGCAAACCCGAGCAGCAACUACCCUAACAACAACACCGCGACCGAAUCGAGCAUGUACGCCGACUCGACCGUGUACACCGAUACCACCAACAACAACUACCCCACCACCACCUCAACAAACGACCUGAGCUCGAGCAGCGGAGGAGGAGCAGGAGGGGCGGCCUACAGUGACACCGCAUACACCGAAGCCGGAUACAGCGGCACCGCUUACACAGACACCACUACCACCACCACCACCACGGACAACAUGAACGCGCAGUACACCGCCGACGCAGCAUAUACCACCGACGCCACAUACACCGACGCCACCACCUCCUAUGCCGACGCCACCUACACCGACACCACCGCCUACGCCGACACCACCGCCUACGCCGACACCACCGCCUACGCCGACGCCACAUACACCGACGCCACCGCCUACGCCUCCACCACAACCGUAGACGUGAACAUGGAGAUGAGCGUGGACGUGAACGUGAACGAGAGCAUGUACAUGGACCCCGGCCUACAACCAGACGGGGGGAUGGUGAUGGAGCAGCAGCAGCAGCAGCAGGAGAGCAUGACUUACGAGAGCAGCAGCGCGUACGUCGAGGUGGAUUAUUCGGGUGGCGACUGGGGCGGGGGGGAUGGGGGUGGUGAGUGGUGA